UAAAACAUUACACUUCCGUAGGUUGAUUUCAUAAUUUAUUAUCUGUAUAGUGAUGUUAAGGCUUUUUUUAGAUAAUAUUCAAUAAUCUGCAUCUGGCAAAAAUAAUCACGUCGUCUGGUCUCUUAAAAUUUUGUUUAUGUUUCUUAAAUCAAAAAUAUCUGAUUAUUUCCUCGUCUCGUUGUACCGUUACAUUUUGCUUGUUGACUUGAUAAAAUUCCUUGCUUUUACCGAUUCGUAAUGAACGAUUUAUAUUUUUCAUGUCCUAGGAAAAAAGUUUAUUAUGUUUAACAUUUUCUUAUAAGCAUAUUUUUUUCACUAUUUUAAUUUAAUCCAGUUUCCUAAUUUUCCAUGGAUAUUGAAAAUUUAUAAAACAAAAAAAAAAAUAAAUAAUGCAACCUCUAACGAAAGGCUUUUCGUUCCUAAAAGCAGUAACUUUAAAAAAGAGUUGCAAACUACCCCUUUUAAAAACCUCUUCGUAUUUUUCCUUUUCCACUAUAAAGACUAAAUCCACUGAAAGCAGUAUAACAGAAAAUGAGUAUAAAUUUGCUUUGUCAUUAUUCGAAGGCUUACAGAAAGGUGAACGGAGCUCUCUUGCACGCUCUAUAACUCUAGUUGAAACUCAGCAUCCUCAAAAAAAAGCUGAAGCUCAAUUUUUAUUGAGCUUGGUUUUAAAGGAAGCCAAAUUAAAGCAUCAAAAACUGGGAAAAAAGGGACUUAGUUUCCGAAUUGGAUUGACAGGACCUCCUGGUGCUGGAAAAUCAACAUUUAUUGAAGCACUUGGCAAACUUCUGACAUCCCAAGGCCACAAAGUAGCCGUGUUAGCUGUGGAUCCAUCAUCUUCCACUACCGGUGGAUCCUUGCUUGGCGACAAAACUAGAAUGCCAGAGCUUUCUAGAGAUAUAAAUGCCUACGUACGACCCUCACCAGCUAGUGGAUGCUUAGGUGGCGUUACCAGAAGCACAAAUGAAGCAAUUGCCUUGUGUGAAUGUGCUGGUUAUGAUGUGAUAAUAGUCGAAACUGUAGGUGUUGGACAGUCUGAAUUUCAUGUAUCUUACAUGGUUGAUAUGUUUGCAAUGAUUGUAUCGCCUGCUGGGGGUGAUGAAUUACAAGGCCUUAAAAAGGGUAUUGUUGAACUAGUAGAUAUGGUUGUAGUUAAUAAAGCUGAUGGUGAUUUAUUACCCAGCGCUCGAAGAAUUCAGACUGAAUAUUUAAGCGCAUUGAAAUUUGUUAGACGACGAUAUCCAGUGUGGAGACCUCUUGUUUUGUGCGUUUCAUCACGGACCAAAGAUGGUAUUGAAAAUUUAUGGAAAGAGAUGCUUAGUUUUGAAAAUACUUUGAAAGAAUCUGGCGAUUUUGAACUGAAACGACAGGAACAAUAUAAUAUGUGGAUGUGGAUUCAUAUUGAGUAUAAUUUGUUGGCAGCAUUUAAGAAGCAUCCGAAUGUUAAAGCUUUAGUUUCAGAUAUGGAAAGAAAAGUUCAAGAAGGGAUUAUAACACCUGGACAAGCAUCUGAUAUACUGCUGAAAACAUUUCUUGAAAAAGAUUUGAUGAGUUUAUAAAAGACAAUUUUGAUAAUGGUUGAGUAAUGAAAACUUUAUUUUUAUUCAAUAUAUAUAGCAAAUUAUAUAUUUUUAUACAUAAUUGAAUAUAAAAUAUAGAAUAUAUCAUAUUUAAAUGUUUCAUUAUUUGCAGGGAAGGCUUAAAGAAAAAUUAAAAGCAACAUUUUACAAAAAUAUCAGGACAUUUUUUAACUCCAGACAACUAAUAAAAUGUGUAAACAAAAACUAUAAGAAUUAUAAUUUGCUCUACUUAAGUAAGAUCUCAAAAAAAAUAGUAACAAAUGCCAAAAAGAUAGUAACAAAAGUCAUUUUUAAUUUCAGAAACAGAAUUAUUAAAACUAAAAUUUUAACAGUUUCAAGUAUAAUUUUUUAUAGUACUGUGGAUUUAAAAUUAUAUUAUUCUCCCAUACUGAUAAUUAGUUAAAAUUUAUAUUAGUGUUCAAGACUUCCUUAAUCAACCAUAUUUUAAAGUUUGGUUUUAAUCCUGAAACAAAAACACUUGAAUAUUCUGCUUCUCAAUUUUGUGCAAAAGUAAUUUAGAGCAGCGGUUCUUAACCUAUGGGUCGCAAAGCAUAUUUCUUGGGUCGCGCUGAGUUGAACCAAAAAAGUUAGUAAUGCACCACAUAAUGAGUAAUAUCAACACCUCCUAGAAGAAGUCAUUGUGGCUUACUCAGCCUAAUUUUGACUUUUUUUUGGGUCGCGACAUGAACAUAUUUCUCAAAUUUGGGUUCCGACUUAAAAAGGUUAAGAACCACUGAUUUAGAGGAUGCUCUUCAAUCCAAAAUUCUAUACGAUUGUUGCAUUGUUUAUUCAAGUCUAUCAUUUUUAAUCGAGUCAGAAAAGAAUAAAUAAUUGUGAAACUACAAACUCUAUCCUAAUUGAUUUGUUCCUAUAUUUGUGGUAAACAACAAUAAUAACCCAUCAAUUCAUCACAAUUAAAUUUGAUAAUGCAAAAUUGUUAAUUGAGUUUCUUUUUCCAGAAGCAGUUGAAUUUCCAAAGAAUUGGAUAUAAUGAAUUCUUUUGGAAAGGUUAUAAGAGUGAACCAUGUGUGUAAUUAGUGGAUGGUACCUAAGUUUGAACUAUCAAAUUAUGAGGUUUUUUGCUAGCAUAAGUAUUUGAAAAAGAUGUUGGCUCAAAAAUACAAAUUUUUCAAUUCCACAAAUCAAUCAUCCACGUUUAUAUUCAAAGAAAAUUGGUCAUUCUGGACACAGACAAAAAUCAAGAAUAUAAUGACAAAUUUUUUUUAUUAGGAAUGUCAGAACAACAAUUAUUUGUAUUUUAUCUUUUAACUAUUCAACUGUUUUGGAUGGAGAAAAAAAAUAGAUAAGUUGAUUUUCAUAUUUGAAUUAAAAAAUAGCGCUAUGUAGGAAUUUAUUAAACAUAUUCUCAAUGACCAAACUAUCAGUAUAUUGCAUUAAAUAAUAUACAAAAGGUUUUUUUUUUUUUUGUAAAUUAGAAUUAGCAUUACAGUUAGAAUUUAAAGACUCAUGUUUAAAAUAAGAAGUUCUAACUUUUUAGAUCGUUACCAAAUCAAUAUCAAUUAGACAAUAUCUUGAAAUUGAAAAAUUUUUUGUAUUUAUUAUUACUUAAUAAAAUCCUUUUCUUUAAGUAUUUAUAAAUUUAUGAGUUUAAAUUCACUUAUUGGCGAUCAAAAUGGGCUGCAGGUGGCGUAGAGCAGAACUUGUAGCAGAUUUGUAGAGCAGAUUUUUUGUGUUUAUUAUUACUUAAUAAAAUCCUUUUCUUUAA